UGGAGCGUAUUCAGUGAUAUACAGACAGUUGGCAAGUAGGCAUGUAAAUUUAUAACAAGAUAGAAGAGGAGACAGAAGACAGACGAGUAACUAAAUGUAUUAUUAGAUAACCAUGCAGGCGACUAAUAAUAUAAACAAUACCAGCAACAUAGACAGCGAGAAAUGUCAAAAACUAAAAAGAUUUGUAAUUAUUGCCCUGCUCAUCACAAUCGGCAUCUUAAGUUGGCACUUCUAUGAGUAUUUCCAGAGCAAACCAUUACCUCAACCACCAGAUGAUGUCUUGAGUUUAUCUAAAUCUCUGUAUGCAGAAGAAUCUGCGUCAAGCCCUUAUAUAUACAAAUUGAAUCUUCAGGGUAGGACCACUUCGGGAGCACAUGAUGAUAAAGCUCCAAAGAGUCUGUUUGAACUUCAUCAGGAUCUGCUAUCCAGAGAUGCGAAUUCCACAACAGCUCUACUCUUGCGAUUAUUUAAUAACUAUGAGUUAGAUGUGGCAGUAGCGGAACACGUAACACCAGAGCAUAAGGAAGAGCAACAUGAGUUCCUUAGAGCCAUAAUGCAAACUAGAAUUAUGAAGCUGGCCAUGAGAUAUCUAAUGCAUAAGGGUAUUGUCAGCAGCGAUUAUGAUGAACAGUUUAAACUAUUGCAAGACCUCUGGUUUACACCCUAUUCCCGAGGUGGCGGCAUUGUAGGCAGUUCCAGUUUUGAGCAUGUCUUCAUGGCGGAAAUUCGGAAUCAAAAUGUUUUGGGUCUGCACAAUUGGUUGUAUUUUGCCGAGCAAGAGCAGCAAGGGCGUAUUGACUACAAGGGUUGGCUAAAGCAUUUGGAAAUGGGCAAGCCCAAUCAAAUGGUUUUGAACGAGCGUCACACAUUUUAUGGUAUUACAAAGCCCAGCAAUAGUUUCCUGGUUGGAACUUCACCUGAACUUGGUAUGAGUCUUUAUACUGUUUGCUUCCUUACAACCGAAAAGCAGGAGCCUUGUCCGAUUCAGUUAGGUCACGCCAGGCUCUCGAUUGUAUCCCACGUUUGGGAAUGGAAGGGAAAACGUUUAAUAGCAUCAGCCUAUCCAGAUAUUACUCCUUGAAAGAAGGCAGUCCAAUAUCUUCGGAAGGCUUACCGUCCAUAGAUUUAAUCUGAUUUACCAGUGAAAUUAUUAAUCUCUUCUAACUUUGCAUAUGAAUGAUUGUUCUUGGCUUCAUCAGGUAUUACAUAUUCUUAUAAGCUUUAAACACCAAGAUAUUAAGGGUUAAUUAAGGCAGUUCUAAAUACAUAUAAAGCAAAUUUCUAUAUGUA